UCCUGUCAUGGAGGGGACUGCAGCAGGGUCCUGGGGCCUGUGCCCCUCUGUGCCAUAAUGCUGGGGGACCUGAUAUUUUUUCUGAGGAGUUUCCAUGGGUUUCUUGCUUCUUCUGGCACCAUAGGAGCCAUCUUGGCUUGGCUGAUAAGCUUUAAGCCAGCCUUGUUUGGCUUCCUCUUCCUUCUGCUAUUGCUCAGCAACUGGCUAGUCAAGCAUGAACUCAAUCAGGCUCCCUGCCAGCCCCUGACGAAGGUGGCAGAACAAACGACGGCUCCAGAAGUCAAUCCCAAUUAUGCCACAGACAAGAGAGAGUUGGAGAAGAUGAACGUUUGCUUCGCUCUCCAGGAGAAGGUCCUGCAACGGCUGCUGUUCAGUGAGAUGAAGCUGAAGGCCUUGGAAAAUCAGAUGUUCAUCAUCUGGAAUAAACUGAAUCGCCGCCGGUGGCACAGCAGACACCAGAACUUCUCCAGGAGGCGGUACAGGCAGAGAAGGAAUGGCUCUGCUUUCUCCACCGUCUCUAACUACACCACCAACACCCACACUGACUGCGGCUGAAAUGGCCUCGCCUCUGCUGAUGUGACCGUCACCCAGUGUCUGAGUCUGUUUUGUUGUCAUCGCUCUAACAAAAUACCCGAGCCUGGGAACUUAUAAAGAAAAGAGCUUUGUUUAGUUCACAGUGCUGGACGGAGAUUCAAGAACGUGAAGUGAGCAGUG